AUGAAUGCAAAUGAAAAAUUUCAGCUUAAAAAUAGCACAGAUCUCGCUGAUCCUAGUCACUACAGAAGCUUGAUCGGAGGUUUGAACUACCUAACACAUACUCGUCCUGAUAUUAUGUUUUCUGUUAGUAUGUUGUCUAGGUAUAUGCAUAGUCCUACCAAGCAGCAUCUUGGUGCUGCCAAAAGAGUUUUGCGUUAUAUUGCUGCGACAGUUGACUUCGGGAUUUGGUACUCCAAAGAUGCAGAUUUCAGCUUGACAGGAUACAGUGAUAGUGAUUGGGAAGGAAGUAUAGAUAACAGAAAGAGUACUUCUGGAAAUGUGUUCAAUUUAGGAUCUGGAGCGAUUUGUUGGAGCUCAAAGAAGUAG